ACCCAACAACCCACGAAUUGGCCCGGCCCUCACGUGCACCAUGUCUGGCUCCUCCAGCAUCAUCGCUAUGAAGAAAGUGGUUCAACAGCCUCGGCUGGAGGCCAGGCUCAACUGCAUAAAAGUUUCCCAGGCAGCUGCAGACUUCAAACAAUUCUGUAUGCAGAAUGUUCAACAUGACCCUCUGCUGACUGGAGUAUCUUCAAGUACAAAUCCCUUCAGACCCCAGAAAAUGUGUUCUUUUUUGCAGUAAA